UUACAGCAGUAGAACUGUUUUGGUGGAAAUCAUGUAUACCUUCUUCAUUCCAGCGCUGCUGCCCAGAACCUAGUAAGAGGAUUCCCUCCUGGAGUGGCCGUCCCAUCUGGAUGGAUAAGAUGGUGCUUUGCAGAGUGAAGGUUCCGCACACCUUUGCUGUUCACUCUUACACUCGUCCCACCAUAUGCCAGUAUUGCAAACGGCUGCUCAAGGGCCUUUUUCGCCAAGGAAUGCAGUGUAAAGAUUGCAGAUUCAACUGUCACAAACGCUGUGCGUCUAAAGUACCUAGAGACUGUCUUGGAGAGGUGACUUUUAAUGGAGAACCUGCUAGCCCAGGCCAGGACUUGGACAUGCCAAUGGAAGUUGAUAGCAGUGAAAUGAACAGUGAUGGUAGUCGAGGUCUAGAUGAUGCUGAAGAGCCCUCUCCUCCAGAGGACAAAAUCUUCUUUAUGGAUCCCUCUGACCUUGAUGCGGACAAAGAUGAGGAAGCUGUCAAAACCAUCAGUCCUUCAACAAGCAAUAAUAUUCCUCUCAUGAGAGUUGUACAGUCGAUCAAGCACACAAAGAGGAAGAGCAGUACAAUGGUGAAGGAGGGAUGGAUGGUCCACUAUACUAGUAGAGACAAUCUGAGAAAAAGACAUUACUGGAGACUGGACAGCAAAUGCCUCACGCUAUUUCAAAAUGAAUCUGGAACAAAGUAUUACAAGGAGAUUCCACUUUCAGAAAUUCUCCAGGUGACUCAGCCUCGAGAUUUUUCAAACGUGGUGCAGGGCAGCAACCCAUACUGUUUUGAGAUCAUCACUGACACGAUGGUGUACUUUGUUGGCGAAAACAAUGGCAGCAGUCAUCACAGUCCUGUUCUUGCUGCCACCGGAGUUGGACUUGACGUAGCGCAGGGCUGGGAGAAAGCCAUUCGUCAGGCUUUGAUGCCAGUCACUCCUCAAGCUAGCGUUUGCACUGCAGCAGGACAAGGAAAAGAUCACAAAGAGUUAUCUCUAAGCAUCUCUGUUUCAAACUGCCAGGUCCAGGAGAACGUGGAUAUCAGCUCUGUGUACCAAAUAUUUGCUGAUGAAGUGCUGGGUUCUGGUCAGUUUGGUAUUGUAUAUGGAGGAAAACAUAGGAAGACUGGAAGAGAUGUGGCUAUCAAAGUCAUUGACAAGAUGAGGUUUCCAACUAAACAGGAGAGUCAGCUUCGUAAUGAAGUAGCCAUUCUCCAGAACUUGCACCACCCUGGGAUUGUGAACCUGGAAUGUAUGUUUGAAACCCCAGAACGGGUCUUUGUCGUGAUGGAAAAGCUGCAUGGGGAUAUGCUAGAGAUGAUUCUUUCCAGUGAGAAAAGUCGACUUCCAGAACGAAUAACUAAGUUCAUGGUCACUCAGAUACUUGUUGCUUUGAGGAAUUUACACUUCAAGAAUAUUGUGCACUGUGAUUUAAAACCAGAAAAUGUACUACUAGCAUCAGCAGAGCCAUUCCCUCAAGUGAAGCUGUGUGACUUUGGCUUUGCACGUAUCAUUGGUGAAAAGUCUUUCAGGCGCUCUGUGGUGGGGACACCUGCUUAUCUUGCCCCUGAAGUGCUCAGGAGUAAAGGUUACAACCGCUCGCUAGACAUGUGGUCGGUCGGAGUAAUUGUCUAUGUGAGCCUUAGUGGUACAUUCCCGUUUAAUGAAGAUGAGGAUAUAAAUGAUCAGAUUCAAAAUGCAGCAUUUAUGUACCCACCAAAUCCUUGGAAGGAGAUCUCUAGUGAAGCCAUUGAUUUAAUAAACAAUUUGCUUCAAGUGAAGAUGAGAAAACGUUUCAGUGUUGACAAAUCCCUCAGUCACCCGUGGUUACAGGAUUAUCAGACUUGGCUUGACCUCAGAGAAUUUGAAACGCGCAUUGGAGAGCGAUACAUCACCCACGAGAGUGAUGAUGCACGCUGGAAAGAACAUGCUUAUGAACACAACCUUGAGUACCCCCAGCAUUUUAUUAUGGCUCCUAAUCCAGAUGACAUGGAAGAAGACCCUUGAUUUAUUCACUGUGCUAAACUGCAGCAAAGCAGGAUACUCCAGACGGAAACUGAAGAUAACUUUUGGAAGGAGUGUUGCUCUUUGAGUGCUGCACACAUAGUUCAGUGUGCAAAGCCCCAGA